CUCUGUCUUUCUCUCCUAUCCUAACCAACAUGGCCGCUAAGUCGGAUGGAGCAGCGGUGUCUGUGGAAGAUGACAACACGCCCAGGAGCCUCUCGGAGCCGGGGAACCCCGCCGCCCGGCCCCGCUGCACCGCCGCCGGCGGGAAGCCCUACACCCUGCUGGACUGCUGCUGGGUGCUCUGCGCCCUGCUCGUCUUUUUCUCCGACGGCGCGACCGACCUGUGGCUGGCUGCCGACUACUACCUGAGAGGCGAAAACUGGUGGUUCGGCUUGACGCUCGUCUUUGUCGUGGUGCCCUCGGCUGUCGUGCAGGUGCUGAGUUUCAGGUGGUUCGUGUACGACUACGCGGAGCUGAGCGGCGGGGAAGGAGGAGCAGCGAGCUGCAGCGGGAGCGGAACAGCGGCAGGCGGAGCAGCCGCGGCGGGAGACGGCACUCUAAGCACCAAGGACAGCGACCAGCGCGGCGGGAGCGCGGUGGCGGUGAACGCCGCGAAUGUUACACCGGUGUACGCGUCCUCUGCCCCGCCAGCGACGGCGGGGAGAGUCGGGACCCCCUGGAGGUGCUGCACCGUCUGUAUGUGGGUCUUUCAGACCGUGCUUCACGUCCUGCACCUGGGGCAAGUGUGGAGAUACAUCCACGCCCUCUACCUGGGUGCCAAGAGCCGCUGGAACAGCAACGGGCCCCGCCGCCAGUUCCACUGGAGGCUGAUGUUUGAGAGCGCUGACAUCACCAUGCUCCGCCUCCUGGAGGCCUUCCUGAAGUCGGCUCCACAGCUCGUUCUGCAGCUGAGCAUCAUGGUCCAUGAAAGCGGUGUUCUGCCUCUGCAAGGUCUAUCUGCCUCGGCCUCCUUGGUCUCACUGGCCUGGAUGAUCGCCUCCUACCAGAAGGUCCUCCGUGACUCCCGUGACGACAAGCUGCCCAUGUCCUACAAGGCCGUGAUCGCCCAGAUGCUGUGGCACUUCUUCACGAUUGGGGCGAGGACCGUGGCCUUUGCUCUCUUCGCCUCCGUCUUCCAGCUCUACUUCGGCAUAUUCAUCGUCAGCCACUGGUGUGUCAUGACCUUUUGGAUUAUCCAAGGUGAGACUGACUUCUGCAUGUCCAAGUGGGAGGAGAUCAUCUACAACAUGGUGGUGGGCAUCAUUUACAUCUUCUGCUGGUUCAAUGUCAAAGAGGGCCCCAGCCGUUUCCGUAUGACUGUCUACUACUCUGUGACACUGGCUGAGAACGUGGCGCUGACUGCCGCCUGGUACACCUACCGUGACCCACAAACGGCCGAUUCUUCUGCCCUGGUGGUUGUAUGUCUGGUGGCCUGCAGCUUUGCCCUGGGAACCUUCUUCAUGUUGGUGUACUACUGCUGGCUGCACCCAGAUGGGCCUGUUCUAGGCUCACAGUGGGGAGGAUGUGUUGACGAGGGCGUGGUAGGUUCAGGAGGGGUGGCGGGAGUGAUUGAUGCUUGCCUUACUCCAUCACAAGGAUCCCAAACGGAUAUAGUCAUUACCAGUCCUCCAAGGACUCUGCCCAGGACUAAAGACACAGGGGAGCCAGUUCCCGGGGAGCGAGAAAGGGACAGGGAGAGGGACAGAGACAGUUGCCUGCCUGUCUUCCAGGUACGUCCCUCCCCAUCCUCCUCUCCUGCACUCCUUCACAGGACCUCCUCGUCAUCUCGUGCACAUGAGGGACCCGUGAUCCGGAUCGACCUCCCGAGAAAGCGAUACCCAGCAUGGGAUGCGCACUUUAUCGAUCGACGUCUGCGCAAGACCAUUCUGCUUCUGGAGACCACAUCAGGCAUCAGCCCCCGGAUACAGUACAGGAGCAGCAUGAUGGGCAGCAAAGAGGUAUUGGAAUAUGAGACAACUGUUUAAGCCAACAGUGGCUUUUAAACUUAUAAACGCAGUCUGGGACCAAGGCUCAGCCUGAGAUCAGUUCUCAUCCCAGGACUAUCUACGCCAAGAGAAGCACGAAAAGAAGAUGCUGUGUGUCGGGCAGCACUUUGAGAGGCUGUCAAAACUUGAUUGUAAAAUGUGAAGCGCAAUCUGGGACCAAAGCAGUCCGGGAGUAAGUAGCAUGAAUGAGCCAUGGGAAGUCAGCGGAGUAAUGCUGAACUGGGAUAAUCUUCGAAUUUUUUUUUCUAAAAGUUUUGAGGGAAGGAAAAUAUCCCUCAUCCUGGGACCAAGGUGUGUUAGAUUUUGUUUUAUCCUGCACGGUCAGUACAAGAAGUAAAAUAAUUUGCAAGAAAUUAAGUUGUGAAGUUUGAGAUAAUUGAGAAGCGGUCGGCUGCAUGAACUUGAGCCUUUGACCCAAGAAAGACAACAGAGACUUUCCGAGGAAUGUUUAGGAAACUAGAAAUGCAUGGGACAUGCAAUCAGUUUGGUUCGGUGUGAUUUGGUUUUGUAAAGUCGGGACUUAAAUUGAAAAAAGUCAUUUUCCAGUCCUUCGUCAGACAUUUGGUAACAAAGAUAUCUUGCUUUGCAUCCAAAAAAUAGACCUUUUUUAACAUCGCAAUCACCAACUCAUUGCGAACUUGUUAUGUUUCAUACUUUGAGAAUCACAGUAACAUGGAAGAACACAUGCAUAUAAAGUCGUGCAUUUCUUUUAGCAAGAAUAAAACACAACAAUAUUUGCUAAUUUGUGUCCAAUUAUGACACCAAAAGGUUGCAUGUCCCUCACAACCAUCCGUCAGUCGUGUCCCAAAAGAAACGUAAUCUUGUACGCUUGGCUCCGAUCUCAUGCGACCACGAUGAUGGAAAUGUAGGCCUGACAUCUACAUGUGAUAUAUUCACUCAUCCAUAUGUGUUAUGAUAGCAGCCAUAGCAAAAGUCUCCCUGUUUACAUCCCAGCUGCGCUGUCAAUGCCCGACACGAGAAAGGACUCGUCUGGAAAAAAUAAAUCAGGACUAAAUGUGAGGAUGUGAAAGUGGGCAACUUCUGCCAUGGCUCCCACCAUAUGGCAUGCUGUAACUCACCACAAACAGGCCUGUGAUGUACAGUUGAAUAAAUACAGAUGUCAGAUAUAAGCUGUUAUAAUAAGCUGUAGUUAGACGAAUGACUUUUGAGUGAAAAAGCUUCAUUUUCUUGUGAAAUUCUAAAUCUCAUCCAAAGUUUUUCAGAACUCGUAACAUGUAGAAUAUGAAGGUUUCCACAAACAACAUUUUUCAAAGAAAACAGUGAGAAAUUACUCUUUACGGUAUCAACACUACUUUGCUGAAUACAUUUAACAGUGAAUAACAGACAUUUGCUCAAAGCAAACUGAAUACGAACAAUUAAAGAUGCAAAGCACCUUCAUGUUUUAUUAAGCUAGCUAGUCAGCAUUAGGUGCCGUUUCUUCUCAGAAACAAGAUGUUGGCAAGGGUCGAGUGAAAGGUGGCGCUGUUUACAAAAUAAAUCCACAAUCAGGUCUUUGAUUUAAAGAUUUCUGAAGAUUUGAAUUCAGACUGAUGUCUGCAUAAGAAUAAGAAGAAUCUGAAAUCUGGAAGCAGAUGCUUUUGUUUUCUGUUUGUAGUCAAUUUGUAGUCCUGUUGGUCUUCUAUUAAAUUAGCACAGGGCCUUGGUUGCAUACAGGUAAACAGUCUGUCCAUAGACCAAAUAAGGGAUUGAAUUUUGGCAAAUGCAAUCUCAAAACAAUCAGUUCUAAAAUUAAUCUGCAAUAGUAAACAAAGACUUCUGGACAGAGCAGGAAAUCCUGGCUCAGAUAUCCAUUAGCUGCUGCUCUGGAUAUCCUUAUGUACCCCUGCCCCCAAAGGCUGAUAGAUUUGCAGUACGUUUGUUGAAUAGAAAGGAAAAGCAGAUUGGCAUAGAAAUUCUCUUUGCACCUUUAAACUCUUGUUGCGAUGACCUGCAGCAGGAAGAUACACCUUGAACAUAUCCAGCAGAGCUGAUCAGUAAGCAGCUUCAGAGGUCGAAGUUUAAAUGCUGCUGCUCCCAGGUGUGGAUGUGUUGAUAUUAAUUAGAAGCUGCUGGAUGCUGAAAGAAUCACGCAGGGUCAGCAACACCACCCAAAGGAAGAACAGUUAAAAGGAAAUAUAGUAUGCUUUGAUGCAAUAUAAAAUAGUUGCAUCAAAGCCAGCAUUUGUCCUCUUGCAUUUUACACAACAGCUUUCUCUCCGGCAGCCUCUCUUUGAAGUUCUUUUCAAAGACGUUCUUUCUCCUUUUACUUAAAAGCCUUUAGGGUUAGUCUGUGCAUUUAAGGUGAUCUGAUCUUUAUGGCCAUCCCAGAAAUACUUCAACCUAUGCUGUGGUUUUAUUUUAAGGAUAGCUGAUGUAGAAAACAUUACAUUAUGUGACCCAGAUGCAUAUUAAGAAGUAUGUUGAUGAAAGCGCUUUUCAAAAUGCAUUUAGUGCACCAUGCAGUGAUGAAGACUAGCUGCUCAUGAUGCCAGUUUAACUGAUUUAUUAACCUUAGGACUUGGAAUUGGAAGAUCUUUAAAAUAAUAAUAAUACAAUUUAUGAAGUGAUGCUAGAUAUUGACUGGGGAUGGCACAAAACAAAACAAAACCAAGGCACUCUGUUUUCAAGUACAACGAUGAUUUAUUCUACAAGCUUUCUGGCAAAGUCAGACAAUAUGUGUUGACUUUAAGUCUUCAUCAGAGUCUAACGAACACGUGAUUCGUCAACUUCACACCAAAUACAAGCAUUUGUAUUUGAAACAUAAACCCCAUAGAUGUUUGUGCACUUGCUCUGGUUUGACAAGUCUUCAGGGGAUCUAUAUUUAUGGCUAACAGCCACAAGCACAAAAAACUACUUGUAUGGCACAAAUGUCACAGUAAAUACCACAUUAAACAGCCACGAAUUUGUGCCAACAUUUAGACUGUAGUCCUUCAAAAAGCUCACCUGACAGAUUAUAUCCGGAAAACAUAACUUGUAAUUAGAUUACAAGUAGACAGGAGCAGUGUGCCCUUUACUUUUGGAGUUUCUUCCUGCUUCUGUUUCCAGUGUGGCUUCAAUUCAACUGUAUGCCGAUUGUACACAAGUUUAUUGUAAUGUCUUGCAGAAAUAAGCGUAGGAAAAAUUACAGUCUCUUGUGUACUUUAGGUCAGUUGGUAGAGCAAAUCGCUACGAGCAGCUUAUAUACUUGCUUUUUAGCAAUCAUGGUUAAUGAUGUACUUUGUGGUUACAUAUCCUGUAUUAGACAAAUAAGAGCCAAAUCAUCCCUGGCCAGUACCUGAAUAACAUCCUCUAGCACACCCAGUUUCUCUAAGCUUUUGCUGUGGUCUGUUUAAUCUGCUGCUACUCAUACUUCACUACCACACAAUGUUUGUUUGGAUCUUGUGGAUGUGCUGCGACUAUAAGACUGUGUAUAAAAAAUGAAUGGCUGUCGUCAUCUUUGCCUUUUGCGACCUGAGGUCCCGAGCCACGGUAGAUCUGUCUUAUGGGAAACUGGUCCAAGCACUUCGCUUCGGUCGGCUGCUUUAGAAUGAA